AUGGAGAAAUACAAACUGUUUUUAAAUGAAAUCAAAGAAGAAAAUAUAAAGAUUGGGAAAAAGAUAAUAUUUGUAAAUAAUAGAACAAAAUAUAAACAGACAAAUGGAAUAAAAAUCGAAUACAAUAAAUAUUUUAUAGAUAGUUAUGAAAAGGAGAAAGAGAAAAAUGUGUAUAAAUAUUAUAAACACAAAAUAUUAAAUAGUAAAAAAAAAAAAUUAUAUUUAAACAAUGAUUUUCCAUAUUUUGAAAUAUAUAAAAAUACAAAUGAUGCAUUUAAAAAUAAUUUAGAAGGAUAUAAUAUUUUAAAAUUGUUGAAUAAUUAUAAUGAAUUACAAUUAUUUGAUUUGUCUUCCAAAAAUGAAUUAAAAAAUAUAAAUUAUUUAUAUAAACAUUUUAUAGAAAUAAUAAUAAAAAAAAGAGACCUAUACAAUAUUAACAACAUAUUAAUAUUAACACAAAAUAUAAAAAAGCUUAAUUAUUAUAAUCCAUAUUUUUGUAAAUUAAUAUGUAGAGAAAUAUGUUUAGAUAUUUAUAAAAUAAAAAGUCUAGAUAAAAUAACAGGAUUUAUAGAUUUUUUAAUGCAUUUUAAUAUAUUCAAUUUUUAUUACUUAAAUAAAAUUUAUAAAUAUAUUAUAUAUUUAAUAUUGGAUAGUAACAAAUUGAAACUCAAUACAAAUAAUAUAAUAAAUCGAAACUGUUUGAAAGACACAAAUAUAGAAAUAAUUGUAGAACAAAAUGAAGAUGUCAUAGAACAAACAUCAAAUAAUGACAAAACAGAUAAUGAGUUUUUACUUAUUGAGCCUAAUGAUAUAAUUAUUCUAUCUAAAUCAUUUUGCAAAUAUAAAUAUUUUGAUAUAGAUUUAUUAAUAUUAAAAUUAUAUGUGUGUAAUCAUAAUAAAUACCCCAAUUUAAGACAACCAAAUGUAUUAUAUUACUUAUCAAAAUUAUGUAAUCAUUAUAUUUUUAUAAAUAAAAAUUACACAUCACAUUUGUUGUCAAAUAUUUGUAAGCAUGUUAUAAAUGAUAAUAAUAAUUAUUCCAAUUUAAAUGAUAGAAUUUUACUAUUAAAAGGUUUUUAUAAUAUUUGUAAAUUUUAUAAAAAUACCCUCGAUUUUAGCAUGUACAAUAUUAUUAUUAACAAUUUAAAUAGUUCAAAUAAAAAUGAGCUUUUAAAAGACAAUUCAAGCACUCAAGAAUGGGAAGAGACACCGAAUUAUAUCUUAUCAGUAAACAAAAAAAAGUACAAAAAACAAAACAGCAAUCCAAAUGAAAUUAACAAGAAUGAAACAGCCAUGUCGAAAAAUAUGGAAGAAAAUGAGGUAUAUAAUUCUGUACAAAAUGAAAGUUGUAAUAGUAAGCUCUCUUCUUUAAUUAGUCCCAUACAAUUAUAUUCAUUUUAUGGGGAUACUGAUAUAAAUUUAAAAAAGCAUAAAAUAAAUUGUGGUGAUACCGUUUUGGGCAAUUUAAAAAAUAUAGAUAGACAACAUUUGGUAGACAAUACAGUAUAUACUAUAUUUGACAAAAUUAAAUAUAUUACAUUAUUUAUUGAGUUAAAAAUAUUGUCUAUAUUCCCUUUUAAGAAAAAAAAUAUAGCUGAAAUAAGUUUUUUAAAAAGAAAAAAUUUUGAAAGAGAUAGUGAUAAAAAUAUUUAUAAAUAUAUUUCACAAAAUAUAAGUAAAAAACAAAGUGAUUAUAUAGAACAUAUACUAAAAAUAAAUAAAGAAGAAGAAAAAGAAUUUGAUGAUUCAAAUAUGGAUUUUUUAUUUUAUUUAAAUUAUAAAAAUUUUAAAAAUGAUAAACAAUAUUUAGGAGAGUCAAAAAGAGAGGAGAAUGAAAAUGAGAAGGCAGUAAAAACAUAUGAUGUUACUUCAGAAGAUAUUGAUAAUUAUAUAAAAAAUAAAAAAAAUAUUCAAUUUAAUUUAAAUGAUGAUACUUAUUAUUCUCAUAUAUUUUCUCAUUUAUCUUCUAUACAGAUUAGUAAAAUAGAAGAAGAAAUAAUAGAAAAAUGUCUUAAUGAUUUACUUUCUUUUAAAAGAUAUCUGCAAAUUUUUGAUGUGAAUGACAUUGCUGAGUUGUUCUAUUGUGUAACUGUCUUUCAGAUUAUUCAGGGCUCCCAAUCAGGUACAAUAGUAAAAAACAAAUACGGAUAUUCCAGAAUAAAAAACAAAAAUCAAAACGAGGAACUAUAUAGAACAUUGUCCGAUAUUAUAAUUAAGAAAGUUAUUAACAUGAAGGAAGAAAAUUUAUACAAAGUAAUUUUAUCCUGUGCAAACACUGCUUAUUCGGACGUUUACUUGAAUCAUUUUUUAAAAAAUUUUAAUAGACAUAUAAAAUUUAGUAAGAUGAGAAAAUAUAUAAAUUGUUAA